AUGCCGCGACGUCCACAUAAGAAGUCUCGGCAUGGCUGCUCAGAAUGUAAACGUCGUCACAUCAAGUGCGACGAGCAUCAUCCAACCUGCGUGAAUUGUAAAACGGCGAGCUUAAGAUGUGCCUUCUCGUCUGACGAUUCUCCCAGGUCGACCGCGACAUCCAUCUCAGCUGUCGUGGAUUCGGGCAUUUCCGAGACUUCGACGCCGGUCAUGACUCGGCCGGACAUCAUCCAGGAUCAUAAUGUUGCAGGCCCUCUUGACACGACUGCAGCGAAUGCGGAAUCCCCUUUGAACAUGGACCACCUUGAACUCCUCCACCACUACUGCACAGCUACCUACCAGACUUUUGCUUCAGAAGAUGAGCUUCAGAGAGUUUGGAAGGUGGUAGUUGUCCGCAUGGGAGUCUCUUUCCCCCCUCUGAUGUAUGAACUUUUAUCGAUUGCUGCUCUCCAUUUAGCACAUACUCGACCCCAAAAUGCUGCUUGGUACCAUAGAAAGUCAAUCGAGCUUCAAACUCAAGCGUUGAGCACCUUUACCGCACAGAGGAACGUUGACGAAUCAAACUGCGGACCAGUUCUCGUAUUUGCUUCACUCUUAGGGCUGCAUAUGCUCUGUGACCCCGACGGAACGCAGGAUUCAGACUUUCGGUCUAAUCAAUACCUCAACCACGUCAUCCGGACGGUUGGGCUUUUACGCGGCGUGAAAGGGUUGACUUUUGCGAAUUGGGAGCAGCAGCUCAGACAGACGGACCUCAAACCACUUCUCCAAGUGCAACAGCCGGCCAAACCUUAUGAUAUCCCCCAGCCAUGCACUGAUCUCGCAAUGAUCGCCCACCACUCUGAUCUUAGUAGUGAAGCGAGCGCGGCGUAUAGUCGUGCCAUUGAAAGGCUCCAGUGGGCAUUCUGUGUAUCGCGGACGGAUUCUCAAAGACAUAGCACGUCCAACUGGCUUUUGGCCUGGCCGAUCCAGUUGGAUGAGGAGUACUUGGACUUAUUAAGUCGGCGCAAGCCAGAAGCUCUGAUUAUUCUGGCGUAUUUCGGCGCCUUGAUGGUGGAUUAUGAAGACUGCUGGGCAGUAGGAGACAAAGGUUUGGUCUUGAUCCGGGAAAUCAGUGAACAACUCGACCCUCGAUGGGAGAGAUGGAUGGAAUGGCCCGUUUCAUUGCUCCCAACUGAGGGUGGUUAA